AUGAAGCCCAGCAUGAGAACCAACAUAAGGCCUAGCAUGAGUUCCAUUAUAGCACAAAACCAAGCACAUGAGACCCAGCAUGAGAUCCAGUAUGGGUCACAAAAUAAGGCCCAGCAUGACUUCCCACAUUUGACCCAGCAUGAGACUCAACAUAAGGCCCAGCAUGAGAUACAACAUGAAGCUCAGCAUGAGAUCCAACAUAAGGCCCAACAUGAUAUCCAACAUAAGACCCAGCAUGAGACCAAACAUAGGACCAGCAGGAGGUCAAACAUAAGGCCCAGCAUGAUAUCCAACAUAAGGCCCAGCAUGAUAUCCAACAUAAGGCCCAGCAUGAUAUCCAACAUAAGGACUAGCAUGAGAUCCAACAAAAGGCCCAACAUGAUAUCCAACAUAAGCCCAGCCCAGCAUGAGAUCCAACAUAAGGCCCAGCAUGAGAUCCAACAUGAAGCCCAGCAUGAGAUCCAACAUGAAGCCCAGCCUGAGAUCCAACAUGAAGCCCAGCAUGAGACCCAACAUGAAGCCCAGCCUGAGAUCCAACAUAAGGCCCAGCAUGAGAUCCAACAUGAAGCCCAGCCUGAGAUCCAACAUGAAGCCCAGCCUGAGAUCCAACAUGAAGCCCAGCCUGAGAUCCAACAUGAAGCCCAGCAUGAGAUCCAACAUAAAGCCCAGCAUGAGACCCAACAUAAGGCCCAGCAUGAGAUCCAACAUGAAGCCCAGCAUGAGAUCCAACAUAAAGCCCAGCAUGAGACCCAACAUGAAGCCCAGCAUGAGACCCAACAUGAAGCCCAGCAUGAGAUCCAACAUGAAGCCCAGCCUGAGAUCCAACAUGAAGCCCAGCCUGAGAUCCAACAUGAAGCCCAGCAUGAGAUCCAACAUAAAGCCCAGCAUGAGACCCAACAUAAGGCCCAGCAUGAGAUCCAACAUAAGGCCCAGCAUGAGAUCCAACAUGAAGCCCAGCCUGAGAUCCAACAUGAAGCCCAGCAUGAGAUCCAACAUAAAGCCCAGCAUGAGACCCAACAUAAGGCCCAGCAUGAGAUCCAACAUAAGGCCCAGCAUGAGAUCCAACAUGAAGCCCAGCAUGAGACCCAACAUAAAGCCCAGCAUAUGAUCCAACAAGAAGCCCAGCAUGAGACCCAACAUAAAGCCCAGCAUGAGAUCCAGCACGAAGUCCAGCAUGAGAUCCAACAUAAAGCCCAGCAUGAGAUCCAACAUGAAGCCCAACAUGAGACCCAACAUAAAGCCCAGCAUAUGAUCCAACAAGAAGCCCAGCAUGAGACCCAACAUAAAGCCCAGCAUGAGACCCAACAUGAAGCCCAACAUGAGACCCAACAUAAGGCCCAUUAA